GGGAAGCGCGUGGCUUCGCUCGCUUUGCUUCAAAUUUGCGACGCGGGGCUGAGCUGUGAUGGAGAUGCAACCACUCAAACUCGCUGGGUAGCGUGUAUGCGUGCAGGCUGGCGCGCGGAGGGAGUAAGGACCAGAGCAACGGGCCCCUCGUUUGGUGCGCACAUAUCCUGAUUGGAGUGGAGGAGGACGUGCGCUGACGGCGAUUCGAUUUCGGUGCAGGUCCACGUAAAUGCGCUGAGAGAUUCGAACUCCACGACUUCCGAGGCGUGGCGGCGAUUCGGAUUCUGGUUGCUUACGCUUGUGCUUACUUACUCCUCUCACCACUUCUUCUUUCUUUCUUUCGUCUGUUCCCUUGCACCGUUUCCCUCUCCUCCCCAACCUCUGCUUUGCUAUCAGCACUUGCCGCGAGACUUGCUUGUCAAACUUGGUGCAAUGCCUACGAAUACCAGCGCCGAAGACGACGUGCUCCACAGCCCGCGUCCGAGCCAGAACGAAUCGCUCUACUGCACCUCGGACGACGACGACGCAGCCACGCUGGACAUCACCGCGUUCAGCAACGACGGAUUCUCCGACUUCAAACUCGACUUGACGUGUCUGGUGUCCCCGCCGCCGUCCCCACCCCAGCCCGCUUCCCCGCAGCUCCACCCUGUCUCCUCGAUCUCGUCGUCCGCCGCGCGGCGCUCCGUCUCGUUUUCCAGCCCAGCGCCGAUCGGGAGCAUCGUGCGGCCGGCAUCUGCACCCCGGCUCGGGCUGGGCUUUGGCUCGACGACGGCGAUGGGAGCUCCGCCGGGGACCAACUCGUCCUCGUCGCCCCGGCUCUCGUUCACGCUCCCCAUGACGGCGAACUGUUCCCGAUUGGGACGGGGGACCCCGAUCGACCCUGGGCGACGGUCCGAGUGGGCCGGGCACGGAGGCGUCGACCUGGGCGCGCGGGAGGACGGGGUGCUGUUCUCGACGGUGCGCUCGUCGUCGGGGUCGUUCCUGUUCGACGGCAGCGGCGGCGGCGACGCGCGGUCCGAGUCGCCGCUGACGGAGUGGAACUAUGUCUCGCCCGUGCCCGUGCGUGCGGCGAGCCUGCAGCUGCUGCAGCCGCUGCCGAAGAUCUGCCUGGCGGGCAUCGACGACACAGAGGGCGGGUCCGCGUCGGCGUCGCUGUCCGAGUGGGUCUCGUCGACGCAGAAGAUGUUCGCGUCGCCGUCGACGGUGUCGCUGCCGCCCGUGUCGCCGAUGACGACGCAGUAUGAAUCGGCGCGCGAGUCCGUCGAGGACGUGUCCUCGCAGCACCAGCACCAGCCGCAGGAACAAGAGCAGGAGCCGCAGCCGCAGCCUGACCUGCUCGGGAUGUCGCUCGUCUCGCAGUCGCCGACGGAGCGCGAGCUCGGCAUGGAGCCGCUCUCCACCACCAGCCCCUUCUUCGCGGUCAACCUGCUGUCCCCGGGCGACUCCGUCACCGCGCUCGGCACGACCACGGCGGACAGCGUCUCGAUGUCGGUGUACUCGUGCGACGCCGAGCCUGUGCCGGGCGCGCAGCCCUCCGAGCAGCAGGAGCACGACCUGACGAUGAUCAUGUCGAGCACCAGCGGCGGGAGCAGCGGGGGCGCCUCGGCAUCGCGGGCGCGGCGCCCGUUCUCGAGCCUGCACCAGCCGUACAUCUGGUGGAGGCGGCUGGUGCAUCGGCUCAAGACGGUGCUGCAGAAAAGAAGGCAUAUUGGAUUGGACGCUGUAUAAAGUUGUGUGUGGGUAACCUGUGCAUGUGAUCUGGAGAUUCGUUAUACCCCCCGUACUACAUAGCUAUCUAUAUAUCAAACAAAGAUGUUUUCGUUUGGAAUGACAAGGGGAGAGUCCUGCGGCCAUGUGCUCCGUCGAUCGCAAAGAGGAACGCAAUUCGUGGGAGUGGAGUAAAACAGAGAAACCAGCCUGAGGGGUGGUGUCGUGGUGCUCAGAAGGUGCCAGCCCGGCUGACGAUACACCGGACGGGAGUCGAAC